AUAAGUCUUCAAGAAGGUCAUACGAGUGCCUUUGAAGGUUAUCAGGAGUGUAAGACGUUUUCUCAGCCUGUAGAUCUUUUCAGCAGACAUUAAUUUGACAUCGUUUUCAUCGCUACCGGUAAAUCAUGCUACCUUGGUUUUUGAGGCCUGCCACAACCGUUGCUCGAGGAGCGAGGCGACUGUCCACCAGUGCCAAAUGUAAUACCAAGGUCGCUGUAAUGGGAGCCAGUGGUGGCAUUGGCCAGCCAUUGUCAUUGCUCCUCAAGCAAUCACCUCUUAUUACCGAAUUAUCACUGUAUGAUAUCGUGAACACACCUGGUGUUGCUGCCGACCUGUCGCACAUUGAUACAGCGGCAAAAGUUAAAGCUUACAAUGGUCCUGAUCAGCUGAAGAGUUCGCUUGAAGGUGUUCAGGUUGUCAUCAUACCUGCUGGUGUUCCACGUAAACCAGGCAUGACCCGCGACGAUCUCUUCAAUACGAACGCCUCUAUCGUCCGGGAUCUUGUCACUGCUAUGGCAGAAGUUGCGCCGAAAGCAUGCGUAGCGAUAAUCUCGAAUCCUGUCAACAGCACAGUACCAAUCGCCAGCGAAGUGCUGCAGAAGAAAGGUGUCUACGACCCCAAUCGCGUCUUUGGAGUAACCACACUGGAUAUCGUCAGAGCAAAUACGUUCAUUGCAGAGGCAAAGGGUUUGGAUCCGCGGAAAACAUCCGUUCCGGUUAUUGGCGGGCAUAGCGGCAUUACGAUUAUCCCACUGAUAUCGCAGUGCACACCAUCGGUAUCGUUCCCAGAUGAUGAAUUGAAGGCGCUCACCGUGAGGAUCCAAGAGGCCGGCACUGAAGUUGUCAAGGCCAAGGCCGGCACCGGAUCCGCGACUUUGUCGAUGGCUUAUGCCGGCGCGCGAUUCGGUAUCUCGUUGAUCAGGGCGCUCAACGGAGAGACCGGUAUCAUCGAGUGCGCUUACGUCAGAUCGAACGUCACCGACGCCAAAUAUUUCUCCACGCCGGUGCUCUUGGGCAAAAACGGAUUGGAAAAGAAUUUGCAGUAUGGUAAACUGAGCAGCUUCGAGCACAAACUGCUGGACGCUGCUAUUCCAGAGCUUAAGAAAAAUAUUCAAAAAGGAGAGGACUUUGUAAAUAAAAAGUGAAAUCUAUUGUAAAUAAAAAGUGAAAUCUAUUGGACCUAAAUUAAAUAAAUCGUGAUCUGGUGAAAUUGCACAAGAAGGGAGUGCGCGAUUGGCCUUGGUUGGACUCGUCUUGUGAUUCAAUGACGAAUCGUUAUUACAAUUGUACUGAGAACCAAGUUUAUAUAUGUAAAUGUUUAACUAGUUUGUUAAAUUAUAAAUUACAUUGUAUUAUAAUUAUAAAUAAUAAAUUAACUGCCAAGUAUAGAAAUAUA